GCUUUCCUCUUCUUUUUUCUUACAUUUUCCAUUCUUUUUCUUUCUCUUUCUGUUCCACAAGUUCCCAUCCGAAUCGCCACCAGAAAACCAGUUACGUGUAAACUGAUUUACCGUUCAAGUCACGUUCAAGUCAAUUACUAUGAAUAUUGCCAGGGCUGGCUCCCGCGGGGCUUAUAGAAAAACAGAUUCCGAAGAGAGAGAGAGAGAGAGAGAGAGAGAGAGAGACAACACUACAACUCUACAAUGGCGACUCUACAGUUGCCCAUGAGUAGUGCUUGCUCCAACCCAGUAGGAAUUAGACCGACGAGACCAUCAACAUCAACAUCAUGCGGCGGAGAUACGAGGAGGAGCAACAAGCAGCCGGUGUGGGGUGGAAGAAGAAUAAUACCGAAAAACAACCGCAGUCGUGAAAGAGGAGGAGGAUUCACGAGGGGGUACACGCCGAUACCGAUGGUUAUCGAGCAGUCGUCUAUGGGAGAGAGGUCCUACGACAUCUUCUCUCGGCUCCUCAAGGAGCGAAUCAUCUGCAUCAACGGCCCCAUCACCGACGACACCGCCCACGUCGUGGUCGCCCAGCUACUCUUCCUCGAGGCUGACAACCCCGCCGAGCCCAUCUACAUGUACCUCAACUCCCCCGGCGGCGUUGUCACCGCAGGUCUUGCAAUUUAUGAUACAAUGCAGUACAUUCGGUCUCCUGUGAGUACCAUAUGUAUGGGUCAAGCUGCAUCAAUGGGUUCUCUCCUCCUGGCUGCCGGUGCAAAGGGUGAGAGGCGGUCUCUCCCACAUUCAACGGUAAUGAUUCAUCAGCCUUCAGGCGGGUAUAGUGGGCAGGCUAAAGAUAUGACCAUUCACACAAAGCAGAUAAUUAGGAUUUGGGACUCGUUGAAUGAAUUGUAUGUGAAGCAUACUGGACAGUCCAUCGAGGUAAUUCAGAAGAAUAUGGACCGGGAUUAUUUUAUGACACCGGAAGAGGCAAAGGAAUUUGGUAUUAUUGAUGAGGUUAUUGAUAGGAGACAAUUGCCUCUAGUUGCGGAUGCUGUUGUAAAUGAUGGCAAAGAUGAUAAAGGUCCAAGUCUUGAAGGAAUGGGGGCUCGAGUUUGAACAAAUACUUCAAGGCUUCAGAAAAGGAUGUUCUAAAGUGCUGGUUAAGAGCUCAAUCCAAGAAAGAAAGGAAGCCAAGUCGAAGUUUUUUUCCCCUUCAGUUUUAAUAUGAUUAGAAGAAUGAUCUUCGAUGAGUCUUGUGGACUUUUGUUUCAUAUUGUUGGGUAAAUUGCAUGAAACCUCCUUAAACUAUGAGUCGAUUCCGAGUUGCCCCCUUACUGUUUGAACUCAAACACUUGACCCCCUUAGGGUGUACUCCACUAAACUAAAAUAAGUACUCCUACUUUUUUUAA